GCAGAGUCUCAGUGGUUGCAUGCUGCGUCUCUUGACCACCUAGCCUGGUUGAGACUCCAGUGGAGCUCUCUGCAGGGCAAGAAGUAUGCUGAGGCUGAGCAGCCCUUUGAGGUGCAAGUGUUCGAGGCGCUCCCAUUGGAGCCGCAUUCAUUCAGAUCGGGGGCUGUCGAAACUUUGAGCCAAGUGGAUGUGCUGGCAUUUCUAGAAGCAUGCCUGCUAUUGUGCAAGUGAGGCUCUGAAGCGCAAGGCCUUCCGUCCCGGCCAAGGGCCCCUGGCACUCCCACCUCAUGUAGGAAUGCAGCUGUGCACAGGUCCUCAGUCUGACUGGUGGAAGGCUGCAUACCACAUGCAUGCGAGAAGUGCCUUGAUCAAGAGGGUUGAUCCCAGGUGCAUAUUGCGGAGAGGGCUUGAAGUUGUUCGAGCAAUUGGAAAUCAUGGCAUGGACCUUGCUCUAGUUGUUCACUUGGCUAGGACAUUUGCCAAAAAGUCUUCACUCAGUUGUGCCAACGGCCUGGAGGAAGAGGCGAAGGCCUUUGAAAAUCAAGCAACACACUACUGGGAGGCUGUGCUCACCAAGAUUGAAACACACCGCAACACCUUGAGCCCAGUGUCACCGUCAGGCCGUCUGUUCUGCGUGCCAGGUAACUGUGCUGUGAACAGCCUGCAGGAGCUGAGACACAUCAAGCAGGAGGCCCAGAUGUUCCUGGCUGUGGGUGCCAUGAAUGCAGGCUGCCUGGAUGAGGCAGCCAAGAUGUUUUCAGGGCUGACCACUGCACAGGCUGCAUAUUACGCAGCACUAGUGAUGGAGAAGAUGGCUGAGCGCGAGUCUCCCCGACGAGAUGCACAGUACGCCUUGCUGCAGAAGGAACGGACAGCACUGCAGCUUGCCCUGGAGCGUAGUUGCCACGAAUCUGACUGGACCUUGGCUUCCACGGUGUCUGAGCUUUUGGACAACCUACAGGAGCGCAUGAACCACACCAGUUUCACCA